AUGUCCGUGUGUGUAAGGUAUCAGCGAUGUCUGUGUCGUCCGCACGCCCACUUAUCGAGGAGACAAUUUCGUCGAUACGUUCUUACUUAUAAUAUAUCAACCGUCUGGUCUAAUGAAACACCGCUCGGUCCCACUGAACGCUCGUCUCCCCCGGGUCCUUCGGUCCGUCGGUUCGCGGGUCCAGGGGCCGCCACGCCACUAGUCCUCGACAUCUGCCCGUCUCCAACUGUCUCUGGUUCGAGACGGUGUCGAUGUGUUAUCGAUAAUCCUAAAGUCUGUUAUCAGACCAGGAGAGGCGAGCGAGCGUUCAGGCUUCUCAAGAUAACACGUGACAGGGGCCUUAACGGAGAGUACAGGCCGCGGAGAGUAUCUACUGGCUGCAGCCUCACACACUGA